GCGCACGCAUCCCUCUCUCCGGCUCGUCGGCUGGCGGGAUAACGCGGGUAUCCUCGUUUCGUCGAUUACCCACGAGAGCAACACGUUGCGCCGUUCCCGUUGUUUCGUGACGCCCGGUGAAUGCGCCAGUGAGAUACCCCGUUCGGGGGUUCGCUCGUUCGCAGUCAGGAGAACCGGCGGGAGAGCGGAAAUUGAAAACGACGGUGCGGACCAAGAGAGAGAGAUAGAGAGAGAGUCUCAGCUUCAUUCGACGGGGAAUUGAGCAUCGCCGACAACACUUCGGCCCUCUCUCUCUCUUACCCCUGUUACGUCAUCGUGAAAUUUCGAAUCGAGCAUCUCCCGUGAUCCGGCGGAGAACCCGGCUCGAUUAUCGAGAGCGUCCGAUUGCCGGCCGACAGGCGAGCGUCUUCUCUUCUUCCCUCCCUCUCAAGAGCACGUACGCUGGGAACAUCGUCCGGGGGCUGAGUUCGCUGGUGCAGUCUCGCCGGUGAGGAUCCAUCGUGAAGAUCGAUCGAUCCGCGGGAAUAAAAGGUAGCGCGCGACAAGUGAGUGGUGAGUCUCCCGCGUCGCUCUGGAAUGGACAUCCGGAAGAGACGACGCUCGUGAAGGCCGUCAGCGCGUUUCCGCUCGCUUCCGCUCGGCGCUCUUCCUCCCCGGACUCGCUCGGGUGGCUCUUCGCCGCGGGGGAGGGGUGAACAUCGCCAGUGGGACCCGAGAGGAGCCGUUCGACGGGGGCGACGAUCCCGCCGUUGUUCGUCGCGCGGCCACUGGAGAACCGGGAGCGCGAUCGAGCGCGAUGCGCUGAGGCAUCGAUCAUCGGGAGAGCGACGGAGCGGGGACGCGGACUGUGGACGCGUUGGACGUUCAAUUAAAGGGCCUCAGCUUGGCGAACGGGACGGGCGGCGAAGUAAGGAGCGAGCGAGAGGGAGAGCGGAAGGGAAGAGAGAGAAAGAGCGACGUUGACUCGGCCGAUUGACUCCGCGCGCGCGAUUGUCGCGCGCGAGAGAGAGAGAGAGAGCAGUGUGACGAGAGCAACCGCGCGCUUGCGGUGAUGCCGCCGUUGCCGGGAGAUGCGGUAUCGUCGCUCUGAGGAGGAGACGAACGCGUCGACGCGUCACCGCGAGAACCAGCCACUCGGACUCCGCUCUCGAGCGCCCGCGAGAGCCGCGUCUCGCUAGAGGGUGGUAUGCCCGAGCCUCGUCCAAGCCAACGUCGUGGAGCGUCGGGGUAGAGCGACGACGUCCGGUCCACGACGAAACGAUUCGAGAGAGAAAUUCUCCGAGAGAGUUCCGAGUGGAAAUCCUUCGGCGUGGGCGCGCGAGAACGCGCGCCGGGAUCCGCUGUAUUAAUUGCCCCUUGUAAUUGGGGUUUCUAGGAUCGCGCUUAAUUAAUUGCGGCCGACGUGAACGAUGAAGUGGUGCGUGUUGGUGUUGGUAUUCGCCGGCCUGAGCAGAGGCGAUAAUGCCAUCGAUACGGACUCCCUCACUCUCAACUGCAUGCGACUCAAUUCCCAGGAAGAGAUAGAUCUCGAUAAGAUAAUGGGCAAGUGGUACGUCGUGGAAAUCUUGGAGCACAGGGCGGACCUGACGAAGCCGGGGGGCAGCUCGUACGUUGUCGAUUCAUGUCCGAUCGUGAAGCUGAAGUCGCUGGAUCAUUCUUCUUUAAAACUGCUGUGGACCGAAGAGGCUGGCAAUCUGGAGUACAACUUCCGAAUACCGGAGAUUUCCAAAAGAAGCGGCUUAUGGCAAAGCACCUCCUUGCAGAACGGUACUCUGGCGGAGAAGCAAUACAACCAGUUCGUGGGCACCGUGCACGUAAUGAAGGCCGUGGCCUCGGACAUGGUGUUGACUUUCUGUUCCCGGCCUCCCAACAGUCAGCUCUACUCGCUGCUAUUGGCGCGGGAGCACACCCUGCAGAAGAGCGACAAACGAGGCGUUCACAAUCUGCUGGGACGCCGCGGCCUGAAGAUCGUCAGCAUUCGGGAAACUUGCGUGAACGGCGGCGCGACCGGCACCAGGAGGGGCGCACUCGAUCUCCUCGUCGGAUGGGCGACCCUCGUCGGCCUCCUCUCGUCGAGCUUCCUCUUCAAGUCCUGGCAGUAGUGAAUUAGGUGGACGAUCGAUCUUGAGACGCGAUCGCUAACUGCUCGAGCGGCUCCUCUGUCUCCUCGACUAAUUAACGUGAUUUAACACUUUGGAUGCCGCGCGAAUAAUCCCGUCGUUCGUACGCGAGAGAAGAUCCGUCGUGAUUGCGCGCUCGGCGCGAGCGCGCCCUUACGUUCGCGCGUUAUGCCCACGCCGUUGCCCACGAUUGCGUUGCUCGUCUUGAGUUAACGAACGUUGGAGAAUUCCUCCCGAAGGCGUGAACACGCGGAGAAUUUUUCCCGAAGAUGCAACCAUCCGGAAAAAUACACGGGACUCCUCAAGAACACACAAAGAAUAUGCAUUCGAAGAAAUAGCUGAAGAAAAUACACAAGACUCGAGAAUUAAUGCAGCCCCAUUUCCCAGUGACAUCGCAAGUAUCCGGUCGGGUGCAUCAUUUCUGAAUAUUUUCAUUAGGGAUGUUGUGAUAUCAUGAAAGUAUCGAUACUAAUAUAUCGAUGCGGGUGUCCGAUCGACAGUUGCGUGUCACACUAAUUUUCGCGAAGCAAAAGUACGUAUCUUGAAUGUCGACUGGGUGGAAAAUUUAAAAACAGAUAUCGAAACAUAGUGGUAGUACUGAUGUGAACACGAAUAUCGAAAGAAAAAUAUCGAUACCGGUAUUAUAUCAGUAGUACGACACAUCUAUAAUUUUGACCGCUAUGUUGGAGCGCCGUUGCCGAUUUACCGAGUAACCCGCAGUUACGAUGCGAAAAUGUAAUUCGGUUUUCUUUUUUUGCGUAAUUGAAAGUUUCCGGUGUCACUAUAUCUAGGGAAUGUGGGACUGCAUUAAUGAGGUCUUGCGUGCCACAGUAAUCUUGCCCGGCUAGGAUAUACGUCGAAAUCAUCUCAAGGCAGCAUGGGAAAUUCAGAAAGCAGAGAAUAAAGCUGUACGAUAGAGAUAAUAUAUACAAAUGGAGAAGCGUUAUGAGAAAAUCGGUUUCAUCGGCAGUCUGAAUCACAUCAUGAUAAUGGCGCCAUUUUGCUCAGCUACCGCGACUAAGAGCGCAUAUAUAUGAUGUACCGGUAAGUUAUAAUAUUCCUGUUACAUAAUUUCAGUAUAUCAUGACUAACUAAAACCCUUUUAUGACGUGCUAGAUUAUGAGAAAAAUUCUCACUCGAAGUAUUCUUAUUUUCAAAGACUUCCAGGGACUAAUUUAAGAAACUUUUAGCAACUAACUUAUCUCCCUUACUCGUCGUUUACUGCAAAUAGUACGCGGCUGCUGGAAGCCCGCUUGCUCCAACAUGCAAAUAAGACGGCGACUUUCGAUCUAUCGGACCCAAUAACACGCUUCUCCACUUGUAUCUAGGACUCUACUGUACGAAAUACGAACGACGCGAUUACAAUUGCACAAAGCUGCCCAGAUACCAUUGGUCUAUUCACGCCACAAAGCAACGAAUAUCUCGUCUUUCUGCUGUUCUCACAGAAACUCCCCGUCUACACAGGUGGUACUAUACGUUUCACGAUGGUUACUUCCCGAGAUAAAACUCGUUCCCACACCGGCAUUAAAAGUAACAAAUAGCUUCAGCGUCGAAAAUGUACAUAUUAGUACGAAACAUUUGUCACUUUCCUGAUACUUCCUCUCCCGUGUGGUGAAUUUAUAUUGUCAAGUUAAAAAAAUAUAUCCGAUCAAAUUAUUUUUUCGCUGUCAUGUAUAAAUUUUCGCUUCCGUAUGAGUGUAUCCUAGUCGCGCAAUACAGUCAGGAUAAUAAACCAUGCUAUCAGCAUGCUGCAUUAUUCAGCAAAAAUUUUCUGCGCGUGCAUGUGUGUAUACAGGGUGUUCCAAAAUUUCCUUGACGGGCUUCUAGAGGGAAUUUUCCGCGCCGAUAAAGCGAUCAAGUGCGCGCAAACUUAUUAUUACGUCUGAAGAUCCACGCAACGAAAGUAAUCGUUGAGAAACUAAAAUCAACAGUCAAAUUAACUGACAAAAUAUGAUCAAUAUUAACCCAGUCUUUGAGACUUCUUAUGACUCGAUUUUGGACACUAUGCUGUCUGGGAAAUUACGGUUCAUAAGAAAUGUUCAUAGUAUUCUCUGUCUGAUUGAGUGCAGACAACGACCCGUCGGAUCAUGAACCGUCGUGCCCCAAUUUUUAUAUUUUUGACGUUUGCGAAACCUUCCGUAGCUCUCCGCAGGACUUUCGGACUGCGAUUUUCAUAUCGGUCAGGUUUCCGUCAGUUCCAAAUUUCGUCGUCGAAUCUGAUCCUUCAAUGAUACCUUUCAUUCCACGCAUCUUCGGACACAAGUUCACGCGAGCAUCCUCGGUUAUUGUAAUGUGAAGGAUCCACAAAUUUGCCGAAGGACUUUAGAAACACCCUGUAUGCGUGUAUGUAUAUGUAUCGGCGUUCUCGUCGAAAGGAUUUUCGUUCCGAUCAUCUCGCAAGUACGGGACCAAUUGCUUUUUUCCUACGGUCACGAGGUAGAAGAGCGCGCGUCCAAGCUCGUUAAUAUUAAUGAAGCUCGUUAAGCGCGUUAUUAAGACGUUAAUAUUAAGCCACGGUGAUUCUUUCGACGUGCGGGGAUCGAAAUCCAUGUGAAAACCGCACGACGUGAUCGAUUAUCAUCGCGUCAUUCCCUUCGGAAUGUUCUUUUUUCUAAGCGCUUCGCGUUAUACGCUUCCUAUAAUACACACACACACAAUCUCUCUCUCUCUCUCUCUCUCUCUUUCUCGACGUACGUUCAGAGCGACAUAGAAAAUUAAUAUCGAACAACCUCGCGCGAGCGAGGGCAUCCAAGGGGUUAAAGCGCGGCGCCGAUGGCAGACGCUCGAUCAUCAACAUCGAAAAUUUUCUUCUUACGAUUAACUCGACGUCGUUUAUCGCGGACACUCGAUCAACAUCGCGACAGCGGAGAGUUACGACUCGGAGGGACCGCUGCGCACCGGUCUAAAGUAAUCACAUAGAAAGAACGAAUCUCGCCGACGGGAUUUGUGAUUCGACUCCGACGACCCUAAGAGGAUCGAAUCGCGAGAGGAGCAGAACGGGAGCCCAGCGCGGAGCUACUCUCUCUCUCUCUCUCUCUCUCUCUCCCUCCCGGUCAAACGUUCCCCGUAGAUCCUCGGGAUCGUUGGCCACUCGAAUAUUUUUCCGCGACUUUCGUCGUUUGUUCCUCCCCGAGAAUGAAUUACCCAUUAGGCGAUUUCUCUUCUCCCUCCCUCCCUCCCUCGCCCGCCGACGCGUUGCUCGCUCGCUCACUUGCUCUUUCGCUGCUCCGUCGAGUUUUUAAUCAAAAGUGCUUUCGCAGCAGGAGUUCCAGCGGAAAGCAGCGCCGGAGAGAGAAAAAAGGGAGACGAAAACGAGAUUCGCCGUGUAAAUAUUACACGUAUUCGCGCGCGACUCGGCCCGCAAGACCGAAUCUUUUCUCCUCGCGACGCCACGUGCUGCUACCUUCGCGUUUUCCCGCCGUUUCAGUUUCUCGGGUUUCUCGAUUUUUCGGCGACGAUGCACACCUGGGAAGAAAGGCAUAUUGUUUUCGGACAGAAAUCAGCCGCCGGUCUAACGUCUAAUCGAUUUCGACACGAUUUUCUUUUGUCAUUUUAUUCGUUUGAAAUCUUUCUACAACGAAGACCUGUAAAUUUUAUAAGAUACAACUAAAAUUCAAAAUGGACAAUAUGAUAAUAUGGUUACCACUGAUAUUGAAGUUCUACGACAUUAAAUAGGUAUCUCAAAAUAAGUAUAUACAAUUUUGGGGUCACUGAAUACGAAUCUGAAAUCAGAUCAAUCAUUUGGAGUGACAAUAGAUAUGGCAAUGGAAGAUAUAACAAGAAUAAAUACAAGAAUAGGAGAUAUUUCAAAUAUUAAGCUUACUCAAAUAUUACUCGUCCCGUUUCGUUAUUCUUAAGCGACGAAAAUAAUUGCUGUAUUGAAUUUCGAUAUUUCUCACUGCCGAAUCUGUCAUUUUGAAGAUUUUGUACCAGAUUUGUUUUCCAGAUCUUUUGCAUUCCCACCCAAAUACCUGUAUAUACUUAUUUUCAGGCAAAUAUAUUCGUAGAGUAUUUCAAUAUGUACAAUAAUAAUAUACAAAUAUACACAAUUAUA